AUGACAGGAGUGCUACCAGCGGAGCUUGGUAAUUUUAAGAAACUACAGCAGCUGGAUUUAUCUCAUAGUAAGGUUACUGGUUCCGUCCGUGCAAGUAUUUUCAACAUAUCAGCACUGCAGCUUCUAGGACUUCACCUAAAUAAGCUUUCAGGUACUUUACCUUCCAAUUUAGGUCGUGGAAUGCCCAAUCGAGAACAAUUUCUUUAUGGGGGAAAUAAUCUAAGCGGUUUUGUCUCUGCUUCAAUCUCAAAUUCUUCAAGACUCAGAGUGAUUGAUCUAGCAGGCAACGAUUUCACAGGUUCAAUUCCUGAAUCACUUGGUAACCUAGAAUACCUUGAGGUUCUAAGCUUGGGAAAGAAUAGUUUUUUCAGCGAUUCAACAUUCAGCUUCCUUGCAUCAUUGACAAACUGUAGGAAUCUAAGAGUACUCUCGUUUAGUGAUAAUCCAUUGGAUGGUGUUUUGCCUACACCUAUUGGUAAUUUAUCCAACUCUCUAUUGUGUUUUGAAGGAGAUGGUUGUAAACUGAAGGGUGUAAUUCCUCAAGAAAUUGGUAAUCUUACUAGAGUGACAAAGAAUAGGCUGUUUAGCAAUGAGUUGAGUGGACAUAUUCCUAAUACUCUCAAAUGCAUGUUGAACCCUCAAGAAUUUUACCUACAAAGCAACAAGAUAGAAGGAGCCAUAUCAAUGUCAUAUGAAGUUUAA